GCGAUCCUUCCGAGUAAACGUUAAAACUUUGGUACGUUUGGCGGAUGGCAAGAUUUUAUCUUUAUAGAGAUUCAGAUUAAGAAGUGUCGCAGCAACUAAGGAGUCCGAGGCAGUUACCAAAACAAUUCGGAUUGGUUGAUCUUUGAGUGUCAAAAAUAAUUUUGUGAUCAGCUUAUAAUUACGGUCUGAAGCAACAAGCAAAGAUGUUGGUGUUGACGACAUUGCUACUCGGCAUUUUAAUUUUGGGUGCUAUCCAUGUGCAUAUACGCGGUCGAAGAGGACGUAUUUUGGCCAAAAUGCCGGGUCCAUCAGGUUGGCCUAUCAUCGGCGUUCUUCCAUCCGUCUUGGUUCCUAUUGAAAAACUAUGGAUGGUGGGAAGAAACAUGGACAAACAAUACUAUCCUCUCUACAAAUUCUGGCUCGCAAAUCACGUGAUCGUCGCUAUUCUCAAUCCUGACGACGCCGAGGUCAUGCUAACAAGUAUGCAAAAUAUUGACAAGAGCAGUGUCUACAAUUUCCUUCAUGCCUGGUUUGGAACUGGAUUACUGACCAGUACCGGUGAGAAAUGGCAGAAGAGAAGGAAAAUCUUAACGCCAGCCUUCCACUUCAACGUGCUCGAAAGGUACCUCACCAUCACCGUGGAGAACUCGGAAAGGGCUGUCAAGUCUUUGAGAGGAAAGGGCGAGUGCGUCCAGGAUCUGGUGCAGUUUCUCACGCAGCACACUUUAAACAUAAUUUGCGAAGCCGCAAUGGGUGCAUCCUUGUCCAGAAAAGAGGAGAGCCAGAAGAAGUAUAGAAAAGCCGUUCACGACAUGGGAUCUGCUUUAGUAUACAGGUUGGUAAGGCCGUGGCUCUAUAGUUCGUGGACCUUCGGCUGCACCGCUGCCGGCCGCAUGCAGACUGAUGCUCUGAAGAUUUUGCACAGAUUCACAAAGAACAUCAUCGCGGAGAGGAAGGAGUUUCACGAGAAAACCGACGGUCGGUUCUUGAAGAACAUCGUCUCGAAGAGCUCUGGAGCUGACGACGAGGCUGUGGAAAACGAGGAGCUUCACGGCUAUCGGAAAAAACGAAUGGCCAUGCUCGACCUGCUCAUAGCUGCCCAAAGAGACGGGCAGCAGAUCGACGAGCUUGGAAUACGGGAGGAAGUCGAUACCUUUAUGUUCGAGGGCCAUGACACGUCGGCGAUGGGUCUGUGCUUCGCUCUACUGCUCAUAGCAGAGCACAAGGAUGUCCAGGAGCGAAUUCGUCAGGAGGUGAAUGAGGUCUUGAAAAAUGCCGAUGGCAAGCUAGAAAUGUCGGAAUUGAACAAGUUCAAUUACCUUGAGAGGGUCAUCAAGGAAUCGCUUCGACUAUAUCCGAGCGUUCCUUUCAUAUCCCGAAAUAUCACGGAAGACAUGCAACUGAAAGAUUAUCUGAUCCCUAGAGGGACGUUAGUGGACGUGCGAAUUUACCUCAUUCACAGGGACCCGAAGCACUGGCCUGACCCUUUGAAAUUCGAUCCUGACCGAUUUCUGCCCGAGAGGAUUCAGGGACGACAUCCUUUCUCUUACAUUCCAUUCAGCGCUGGACCUCGUAAUUGCAUCGGUCAGAAAUUCGCUAUGAUGGAACUGAAGGUUUUCGUGGCUCUCAUCGUGAAAAAUUUCAUCUUGGAGCCGAUAGAUUUCGCUCACGAGGUGCCGAUUUUACCAGACAUAGUGCUACGACCUGCUCGAUCGGUCCACGUAAAAUUUGUGCCUAUUGCCGAGAAAUGAUUACGUUUUGAAUUUUCACACACCAAGAUUACGAUUCCGACAAAUGCACUUUCAAAUCAGUCGACCUUGAGUCUAUACUAUUUUUGUACUCCAUUAAUUCAAUUGUAUGUACGGGAUAAACUAGUAUGUUGUUGUAUAUAUUUUAUAUUAAAAGAAUAAUGAUUUCG